GCUGUUCGCAACAUGUUCAGCUUCUCUGCUGCGGAGACCAUCCUUGGAGAGUUUACCAAGACCCGCUACACUUACUUCGACCAGGAGGAGAAGAAGGAGGUGCGCAUCCAGGGAACCUUCUACAUCACGGACCACUACUUCGCGUUCGUGGGCAAGAAGACUGUGGACCUGAGCCACCUGGAGAUCAACCGGCAGUUCCGGGACGUGAUGCGACAUGACGAGGUUAUCACCAUCAAGCGACACACCAAGUCCACCAAGGCGCUCGUCUUCACGGACAUCGGCCAGGGGCGCAAAAUGCUGGAGGCGAAGACGGAGGCGGAGAGGGAUAACCUGUACGCCCAGUGCAUCUCCCGGUGGAAGAGCGAGGACGAGGUAACCUCCCGCGAGAUGCGGAAGGUGCUGCGCCGCAAGAUGACCCGCCUGAGCCUCGACCACCUCAACCAGGCCGAGAAGAUGACCCAGAAGGGCAUUGGGGCCCUGAUGACGGACAUGAGCGAGCGGGAGAAGAAGACACUGUUCGCGGGGAGCGUGCCGAUCGGCCUGAACCGAAACCAGGUGGUGAUCGGCGAGCUGAACUUCAACGACAACCUGUACCUGCUGUGCACGGGCAUCGUGCGCGUUCAGCGAGUCAAGGAGCACGUGUCGAACGUGCUGGACAGCGGCAAGGCCAUGGACCGUGUCGUCUUCCAGGAGAUCCAUUCGGGAGAGAUCUUCGGCUUCGACUCCUUCCUGACCGGCUCUCCGGCCUACAGCUCUAUCGUCGUGGACUCGGAGAAGGCGGUGGUGGUCCGAUCCUGCACGAAAGACCAGAUCGUCGCCAGGCUCCGGGAGGACCGCAAGCUGGCCGCCAAGUUCUACCGCAUCGCGGCGGUCAGCAUCGCCUCCCGGCUCGCAGAGAUCAGCCCUCUCGACAUCUACCUCUAAGCUUAUAUAACCUCUAGAUGCGAGGGAUAUGUAUGAAGGCUCACGUCCAUCGUGGGCACCCUGCUUCUCCGUCUUCCUACGAUGCAUACCCGGCUUUUUGUUUUUUCCGGUCCGUCGUGCACUCUUACUUGCAUGCAUUGCAGAUAGAAAUUUGUCGUUGGUUUGACAGAAAUAGGCUUGUCGUUUCCCUCACGCGGCACGUUGGAUCAGGAGGAGGAUAAGAGCGGGGGAGGGGUUGGCGGGGUGUGUACCCGUUGUGAUGCCUUUCCCCUUCUUGAUAGUCAAACGCAGGGUGCGGUUGUGUGCGUACCGGGGGGCGGGGGGGGGAGAUCUGUUCUGUGUCACCCCCGGUGCUGAAUCCCGUGGCCCGAUGAGCGUGUUUUUGUUGCUCUUGAGGCUAGGCUUGCUUGUUUGAAGGGCAGGGGGCGGGGGAGGGCGCACGCAGGAAAUCAGUGUCGGCCAGCCUCUCUUCCGGGGGCGUAGAUAACUUUCGGGCGUCACCCUCCUGCCGCCGUCGCGGCAAACGCCCCCGCGUGGUGACGUGGUGUCGUGGUGUCGUGGCGCUACAUCUGUCGGUGUCUGUCGGUGGGUGCCUGCUCUUCCGUCCCGCCAUUGUCAUGUGAUGAUGAGAGUGAGACUCCUAGGUGGGGCUUGAAAAGGGGACCCUUGCCCUCCUCCCGUCAUUGGCCACAGUGCCCCCCCCCCCCCCCCCCCCCCCCACCNGGGGGGGGGGGGGGGGGGGGGGGGGGGGGGGGGGGGGGGGGGGGGGGGGGGGGGGGGGGGGGGAGUGCACGAGGCUGUUGUGGGGCAGCAGCUCGUUGUUGGACGCUCUCGAUUGUGUGCUGCCGGCAGCGUUUUUUUUUUUUUCAUGUUGGUUAGGCAAGGAAGGUUGUUCCCAGUUCCCAGGGUGGAAGGUUGUGUCGAUUCGAUGGUGGUUGAAACGUGUUGCGGCUCACGAGGGAACGUCUUUGUGACGCUUUCUUUCUCACCGGGAAGGGGGGGGGGGUGGCGGGGGGGACUUUUUGGGUUCUAACCGAACCGAAGCUGCAAGUUUAAGGAGAGGGUGGGGCAGGGGUUCUCGGCGCGAAAUUCGCGUGUGGGCGUCGGUAGUUUUUCCAGCUUUUUGUCCGUGGGAGGUACUAGUCGUUGGCGGGGGCGGGGGGGGGAGGGAAAUGUGGGCGUCAAAAAAUAGUUCAACUGUAGACAAAGGUCCCACGCGUUUUGUAAUAUCUUCGGUUAUUAUUUAGCUUUUAGUUCCACGAAAUGGCGACCGGACAUGAGUUCUUGGUAAGGAGAGCGGAGGGUUUAUUAUUCCUGCUCGCCGUCAGGUGCGCACUGGCGCGUAUAUCAGUGACUUGGCCUAGGACGGCGCGCGCGCUUGACGGGCUUUACGACGUGUCUAAAUCGCUGCUGCUGAUGAUGACGCUGCUGCUGAUGUAACUAACGUGGUGCGCACGACAAGGUCUUUCUCUAUACCAGCCUCUGUUGUGCGGAAUGGGUUCGUGUAUGUGUGCGUGCGUGGGUUUCUGUUGCAGCAGCAAGCCAGUCGGCCGAUAGCAUAGAGUACCUUGGGUUGAUUGAUUGGAGUUAACCACUGAAAUUUAAUGUUAUUUUUUUGUGUAGUUUGUGAGCUUCUCGUUGUUUUGUCGUACAGUGCAAUGCGGCCCCCGCCCGUCCCACCUGUUUCAUCGGACCGGACUUUUUGUUUUUUUUUCGGCCGACCACCAUGGAUGGAUGCGAUCGAUGACAUCGUGAAAUGGGUGUCUUGCUUGUUGUAGGAAUAUUGUUCGCGUGGCAUGCGAUGGAUGAACAAGUAGUCUAUCAGGCGUUGGAAUACAUACCCCUGCUUCUUCUUCCCGGCGUCUGUCUCCUCCGUCGUCCCCCUACUCCCUAGUUCCCCCCCUCCUCCUUGCUUCUCACAUCUUUUUGGGGAGACGCAUCAUAAUCAAAGUCUCUGGCACCGUGGGUUGCUUGGCUCCCUACAUGCCUGUAUUUUGAACGAACUACUGGUGCAUGCUAGUGAAGAGGGAGGCGCUGCUUGGACAAGGGCGACUAGGGGU